AUGAGUUACGGGGAAAGAAAAGGUGUCAGGCCUGGAAAAGAUGGGGAUUGGGAUUGGGACUAUGAGGACGUCAGCAGGAGAACAGAUGACAUCAGCAUGGAAAACACAGGUGACGUCAGCCUGGGUGGCAUUGGCAGCACGAGGGACGAUGAAGAUGACAGGAGGGAGGAAGCUGCAGCACUGCUGCAGGAUUACCGGUACCGGCAUGACAGCACGGGGGAGCAGGAGCAGGAUUAUCACACCAUGCAUGGUGUUUCGGCUGGAGGAGAGGGAGGGGACUUUGAUGAAUUUCAGCAGGGAGGUGGUGGUGGUCAGGUGUCCAUGCUGACAGCACCAGGUGUUGAUGAGAGAGGGGUGAGUAGAGCAGGCACGCAGGGCCAUGGCAGGCCGGUUGCAGAGCAAUAUGAGGACAGAGAUCAGGUAUUUGCGCUGGAAGCAGCAGCAGGUGUCGACAAGAGAAAAGCAGGGGAAUGGGACCAUGACCGGAUGGUCAAACUGACGUUUCCAGACAUCGCCAUCUCACCCUAG